AUGGAUGCGCUCAACUGUGUGAAUACGGCCCCCAUCGCUCCAGGAGUAUCGAUGGACUGGCAGACCCUCAUGGGGAACCUCCGGGGUCGACCACGGUGCCCCUCUAGCGGUCCCUCCGGCUCCCCUAUGUCCUCUUCAGUGGCAUCAAGCCCUUAUGCUAGCACUGGUGUGCCUUCACCUACUCCCUGUCUCCCUGAACCCUCCUAUCAGUUUCCAUCGGGAGACUACCAGGCCGAUGCUACUGCCAACUAUGGUUUGCCCAACGCUCCCCACAGCUUUUCCAAAUGGAGUAUUUAUCGCGAGGCUGCACACAGACAGGAGGGACUUGCGAGGCUUCAGUGGGAAAGACAAAUCCAAGAGAGUGUCCGUCAGCGCCUGAGUGCUGCCUGGUGCGGCCCUGAACAGGCUAUGCCCCCAACGUAUCCGACCUCCGAUGUCGUUGGUGCUGCUGCUGUUGCUGCAGCGGUAGCAGCUAUGAGAGAGGGAAAGUUCCAACCGAGACAGCCAACAGGUUGGUACGGUCCUCCUCCUCCUGCAGCCCCUCCUUAUGGUACAUUCCCCCCAGGGCUGUCGCAAUAUAUUGACGAACUCAUCAGAGUUCAAAUCGACCAAUACAUGAGGGACUAUGUUCAAGCUGGCAACAUGAUGGAGCAGUGGCGGGCAGAUCCACAGGCUUAUGCUGCCCCCAUGACAAUGACGAGGCCCUCCCCAGCACCCUAUAUGGGUUCCCAUCCGGGGGACGUGGACAAGGCAGUAUUCGAUGCGGCAGUAGCUGCUGCUGCCAAGGCCAUUAAUGAGUCCCGAGGAGGCCCUUCUGAUGGAUCACAGCCGACGGUUGGUGGGGAGCACUUCCGACCUGCCCCCAUGCAACAGCCUAGGGUUGGCAGCCCGACGCCCCCCUUGUUGGCUCCAAUGCCCAGCAGAGCUACUACGACUAAACGUGAACUAUCGGGAAACACCUUAUUCGUCGAGUCCAUGAACCAUCUUCAACAGCAGCCUGUGAAAAAGAACGACCCGGCCAGUGCUACUAGUCUUGGCAGUCACCCUGCUGACGGUGUUCGAUUGGCUCCUUAUGUGCCUCCUGAUGAGGAGGCCUGUGAUCCAGGGGAAUCUUCCUAA